UCACUCGCCGCUCGCAGUGUAAGCGCACGCAUUACGUGUUCAACUAGUGUAUCACAAGUGUUUCAAAAUGGUGAAGUUCGAAGGAGAUUUCAGUAUUAAUUCUAUACUGAUGAACAAACCUGCACCUCCGCCCUCCCCCACGGCUUCGUCGACGGGCGCUUCGCCCUCCGAAGCCGACCUCAGCGAUUCCGAACUGGAUGUGACGGGAACUGAACCCGUUGAUUGCACCAAACCUAAGGACGACGACAGCAAAGACAAGAAACAUGAAAAACCUGCAUACAGCUACAACGCACUCAUCAUGAUGGCCAUCCGCAACAGCCCCGAGAAACGCCUCACAUUAAACGGCAUCUACGAGUACAUCAUGACCAACUUCCCGUACUACAGAGAGAACCGCCAGGGCUGGCAGAACUCCAUCCGCCACAACCUUAGUUUAAACAAGUGCUUUGUGAAAGUGCCGCGCCACUACGAUGACCCCGGCAAGGGUAACUACUGGAUGUUGGACGCCUCGGCCGAGGAUGUGUUCAUCGGCGGCACCACCGGCAAGCUGCGCCGUCGCUCCGCGCUCAACGGCCGCUCGCGCCUCGCCUGCUUCAAGCGCCCGCUGUUCCCAGGCGCCGCGCUGCCGGCGGCCUACCCACCCGCUACCUAUUCGCAACUCGUGGGCCUCUACUCACAGCUGUUGUACCAAAGGUACGCACCCAUGCAGAUGAAGAGCCAUCCAGUGGCCCCUAGCGCGGUGCACCCUGCCUUCCGUGGCGAUGCUAUGCCCUACGGCAGCCUGCCUUACUCGCCCGCGCUCUAUGACCGCCUACCGUCGGGCCCCUUCAUGGCGCAGUCCCCGCUGAUGCAGGGCUCGCAGCUGGGUCAGACGGCGCUGCUGGCGCAGACGUCGCCGCUCCUGCCACCGUCGCCGCCACUGCUGCCGUCGCCGACGCACUCGGGCGCGUCCAGCCCCGAGCUGCCGGCGGCUUCGCACCACCCGCUCUCGCCGCACAUCUACAAGCCGGUGACGGUGCUCUCGCGCCAGUGAUCGUCUGCAAUCUCAUAGAGGCUCUACCAAAUAGACUGACUGAUCGCCGGGAGACAUUUUAUUUAUCUGUGAUUUAGUUUUAGUGUAGCCAAUGGACCAGUGGUGAGAGGUAAUCUCUGUAGUCGCAAUAUUAGCUGGUGUCCUCUCGUAGCAUUCCGCCGUGUAUUGUCGUUAUGUGUAAAUAUUUCCAAAGUUGUAUAUUUAUUGACAUAGAUUAUAAGGAUUAAGAUAAAGAGUUAUAAUGAAUAAAACUAAAAUAUUGUUCACAUUUAAAA